CUGGCUUUGACUUGUGGUCCUAUCUCCAGGGAGGAGGGACUGGGGUGAUAAUUAUGAUGGCACCUUGUGAUUGUGGGGCCACACUCUCCAUACGAAUGUGGACAGGAACGUGUCUGGGCCUGUUCAGCUGUGGGAACCCUGUGGAGAGAGCAGGCUGCCCUCACAGGAAUUGAGAGUUGUCGGGUGUGGCGCCUGGUCAUUUCCUGUGUGCAGCACCAAUCCAAGAACCAGCAGAGCUCAGCACCAGGUUCACACAGGGUGACCAAAUUGUCAUCCACUCCAAGCCACGUUGGAGAGAGGAGAGGAUCAAGAUGAAGGAAGAGUCGAGCUCCAAGACAAUGUUUGGAUCCCAGGAUCUCAGGGACACACACCGGCACGAGAUCUCCUUUCCCUCCCAGAACUGGUCCCUGGAGAUGCUCUUACGCAGACUAAAGGCCAUAGAUGCCAAGAGGGAUGACAAGUUCGCCAGCGUUAUGGGUGCCAUUGGAGAGUUUGGCACAUUCCAGUGGAGGCUGGUGGCCCUCACCUUUAUCCCCAGCAUCCUGUCAACCUUCUUCAUGUUCUCUCAUCACUUCUUGCUCACAGCUCAGAGGCCUUACUGUAACACCAGCUGGAUCCUGGAAGUGGGCCCCAACCUCACAGAAGACGAACAGCUGAACCUGACCCUGCCCCGAGCACCCAACGGCAGUUUCCUGACAUGCCUCAUGUAUAUCCCUGUGCCAUGGGAUCUAGACUCUAUCAUCCAUUUUGGCCUCAAUUAUACGGAAACGUGCAAAUUCGGGUGGAUCUAUCCUUUUGCUCACACUCACUCUCUGAUCAACGAGUUUGACCUGGUAUGUGGCAAUGAGCCAUACAAGGAAAACGGGCAGACUGUGUUCAUGUCCGGCAUCUUGACAGGUUCUCUUCUCUUCGGGUUCUUAAGUGACAAGUUGGGCCGCUAUCCAAUCAUUCUGCUGUCGCUGCUGGGGUUCCUCAUCUUCGGCUUCGGAACAGCCUUUGUGAGCAGCUUUUAUCAAUAUCUGUUCUUCCGCUUUUUUGUGGCCCAGGCCUCCGUGGGCUAUGCCAUCUGCAGUGUAUCUUUAGUCAUGGAGUGGCUGGUGGGCGAGCACCGCGCCCAAGCCGUCAUCCUCCAGCACUGCUUCUUGACCAUAGGGGUCAUAUUCCUGACGGGGCUUGCUUACAAAGUUGACCACUGGAGACUGUUGUGCCUGCUGGGUGGCAUGCCCAUGUUUCCCCUUAUCUGCAAUAUCUGGGUUCUCCGAGAGUCACCACGGUGGCUGAUGGUGAGAGGAAAGGUGGAGGAAGCCAAGAAGGUGCUAUGCUAUGCGGCUGAAGUGAAUAAGAAGACCAUCCCUCUAAACCUACUGAAUGAGUUACAGAUUCCGGGAAAGAAAGUGACAAAGGCCUCCAUCCUAGACUUCUAUACCAAUCAUCACCUCUUCAAGGUGGUCUUGGCCAUGGGCUGUGUGUGUCCUACUCCUUUCUCUCUCCCUUGUUCUCUUAUGCUUUCUCCCCCCAGGUUUACCGUCAGUUACAUCAGUUUUACACUGAGUCUCAAGCUGAAUGACUUUGGGCUGGACAUCUACUUUGUACAAGUGGUCCCGAGCAUCCUGGCCGUGCCGGCCCGGCUAUGCUGUGUCAUUCUCCUGGAGUAUUUUGGGAGGAAGUGGACCUUAAACCUGACUCUCUUCCUGCUCACCUUCACAUGUUUGUUUCUCCUUUUCCUCCCGCAAGAGCUGAAGUCGACAGUAAUCUUGAUGCUCGUGCUUGCAGAGUUCAGCAUGGCUGGCACUGUCUCUAUAUUCUUUAUCUACACUGCUGAGCUCCUCCCCACCGUCCUCAGGUCUACAGGUCUGGGAAUGGUGUCGUUAGCCUGGGCCGCUGGAGCCAUCUCAUCUAUGGCCAUCUUCAAACAGACCAAAACGCAGCUGCCCAUCUUCUUCUGUUGUCUUUGUUGCAUCUUGGCCUUGUGCUUCUCCUCCCUGGUGCCAGAAACAGUAAACCGGCCUCUCCGUGACAGCAUAGAGUACACUUCAAGAGAGUCUAUGGAGGCCAAGGAUAGAAUGGAUGUUCCCAUGGUGAUGAUAGAUGAGGAGUCGAUGUCUGAUGUUGUAGCUGAUUCUGAAGUGACAAAAAAUACCAUGUUCAAUUCCAUGACUUUCCAGCCAGGAGACAGCCUCCCCAGCAUGGCCUUGGAGGUACCCAGCAGGGACUCACUGGUCCAGACUCGUAAGGACCAGCCCCCCUAGAGCAUUUUGGGUUGGAGGCUAGUAUGGGUAUGGGGCCAUGGAUUCACUACCUCAAGUUCUAGACCCAGUCUGGCAUGUGGGAAGAGUCUGUCAGCCCUUGGGAUCCCAAAAUAGUCCCUUCUGAAGGAGGUGCCGACUUGUGAUUCACUCCAAUAAAAUAUCAUGUUGGUCUUGA